AUGGAAAAUAUGCCACCAGGAUAUCGGUUCUACCCGACAGAAGAGGAGCUGAUUUCCUUCUAUCUUCAUAGAAAGCUCCAAGGAGAUCAGAGGGAGGACAUCAACCGGGUUAUACCCGUGCUUGAUAUUUAUGAUUACAAUCCUUGGGAUCUCCCACAGGUUUCGGGAGAGGCGAGCCUGAGAGACACGGAGCAGUGGUUCUUUUUCAUUCCGAGACAAGAAAGCGAAGCUCGCGGAGGAAGGCCCCGACGACUGACGACGACAGGGUACUGGAAGGCCACUGGGUCCCCAAAUCAUGUCUAUUCCUCUGAUAAUCGUAUCAUCGGCAUGAAAAGAACUAUGGUUUUCUACAACGGAAGAGCCCCCCACGGCCGGAAAACCGAUUGGAAGAUGAACGAGUACAAGGCCAUGGGAGGCGAGCCAUCCUCACCUCGCCCAGCUGGUCCUUUGUUAAGGCAGGAAUACAGUUUAUGCAGGGUAUACAAGAAAUCAAAGUGCCUGCGAGCGUUUGAUAGAAGGCCACCUCCGAGGAGGGAGAUGGAUGAUCAUGGGGGUUCAAGCUCAACGUCUCACCAUCAACAGCUUCAAAACCCGGAAGACUCGUCGUCAAAGGGGAAGAUAGGUAUGGCGAGCUCUCCGGAGAGUUCAUCGUCUGGAGAUCAUGCCCAAGCUUCGCAGGUCAGUGGGGAAGCGGCCGGUCAAAUGGAUUUGGACGAUGAGCCUUUGUUGGAUUGGGAGCAAGUUGACUGGUUUCUUGGCAAGCAUGACUAGACAGUGGGAACCCUGGAAAAUCAAACAAUUGAAUAUCGUCAACGUAUCUUCUAAAAUAAGUUGUCAUGUCACAUAUGGUUCAAACUAGAAAUUUCGGGGAUUUUUUACCAAUAUAGUGCAGACAUUAAA